AUGCUACGGACAAGUAGUCGCCCAUUCGCUCUGGCUCUUCUAUUCGCUCCGCUAGAAACUCUUCCGUUUGCGAAAUGUUUCGUAUGUAGCAAGACCGGUCACUUGUCUUCUCAGUGUCCGGAUAACCCCAAGGGUAUCUUUCCAAAUGGCAGUGGCUGCUACUUUUGCGGCUCAGUGAAGCAUAAAAAGGCUGAUUGCCCCGAGUAUAAAAAGUAA